AUGGUUCAAUUCGAAGAUCUUCGCCAAACGGCCUACAACGCCGAGAAAGACCUGAACUCCUAUCAGGCUAAGCAAGGCCUUGGCCGCAAGAGUGAUUCAACCCUCGAGUCCGGCGUUGAUGAAAUGGUCGACCAGCGAUUCCCUCAAUCAGGUGGCGUCAAGUAUGGCACUGGCUCAACGGCCUCUGGCAGUGACCACCGUAAGAUUCCGGAGGAUGAGGGCGGUACUCGAGACGACCGUGGCAGCACGGGAGAGCAGUACCUAGGCCCAGGAGGCCCCGAGGACAAAAUCAAGAAGGAAUCCGAGUACCGACCUGGAGAUCAGGAUACUAUCAAUGUGCAGACUAUGAAGCGUCGGGGUAUUGCGGACUAG